AUGACCACUGGGCCGCACAGCCGAGCGACUGCGCCGGGCUGGCGGAGGGGACUCUGUGACCCAGCGCCGGGCUCGGGCGGAGGCCUCGGCAGCGAGGGCGCACCGGGAGCAGCGCCAGCCUGGCUUCCUUUGCCGGAGACUACCGGUGACGGAGCUGCCUCCCGCGGAGACCCGCGUGGGUGGCAGCGGCGGGAUCGCUUCGCGCGCCCAGCCCCGCGCCGAGCUUGUAAAGUAGUGGCUUCAGACGUGGAGAUCCAACGAAAGAUCUUCACCCGGAGCUCCCAAUCCAGUACAGAGCGGACUCCGUGCCAAGCCCGGCUGCCCGCCUUCGGAAGGGCAGCGCCUGGGCGGCUCCUCGGGCGGCAGGGGCAGCGGGCCGGCGCCUUGAGGGGCUCCCCCCUUCCUCGCCUACGGGGUUAUUGGGAGCUUCUUGGCCCACGAGACUCCCCCCGCCACGGGGCGCCCCCGCCGCUGAGCUUGAACCUGUGCACCUUUCAUAUCUGCCACGAGGCCUCCGUCGGCCGCGAUCCCCAGAUCUUCCUGAUCGUAGCCCCAGAGUCCCAAGGGGUCAUUAGCGGAGCCGUGUUUCUGAUCAUCCUCUUCUGCUUCAUCCCGGUGCCCUUUCUGAGCUGCUUUGUGGAGGAGCAGUGCAAAGCAUUCCCUCACCAUGAGUUCGUGGCCCUCAUUGGUGCCCUCCUCGCCAUCUGCUGCAUGAUCUUCCUGGGGUUCGCAGAUGAUGUUCUCAAUUUGCGCUGGCGCCACAAGCUGCUCCUGCCAACCAUGGCCUCUUUGCCCCUGCUCAUGGUCUACUUCACCAACUUUGGGAACACCACGAUCGUGGUGCCCAAGCCCUUCCGGAUGUUCCUGGGCUUGCACAUGAACCUGGGCAUCCUGUACUACGUUUACAUGGGCAUGCUGGCCGUAUUCUGCACCAAUGCAAUUAACAUUCUUGCUGGGAUUAACGGUUUAGAGGCUGGGCAGUCGCUAGUGAUCGCAGCCUCCAUCAUCACGUUCAACAUGAUAGAGCUCAAUGGGGAUUGUCGAGAUGACCACAUCUUCUCCCUCUACUUCAUGAUUCCCUUUUUCUUUACCACACUGGGGCUGUUCUACCACAACCGGUACCCCUCUCGCGCAUUUGUCGGUGACACAUUUUGCUAUUUCGCUGGCAUGACCUUUGCUGUGGUGGGGAUCCUCGGGCAUUUCAGCAAAACAAUGCUGCUCUUCUUUAUCCCGCAAGUGGUCAACUUCAUCUACUCGUUGCCACAGCUCUUCCACAUCAUUCCGUGUCCACGCCAUCGGCUUCCCAGAUUCAAUCCUGACACAGGGAAGCUUGAGAUGAGUUAUUCCCGAUUCAAGUCCAAGAGCCUCUCUCCCCUGGGAACGUCCAUCCUCCAGGUAUCUGAGAAAUUCCACCUGGUUGAGGUGCAUCGCGGAACGGACAAAGAUGGAGAAUACACAGAAUGCAACAACAUGACUCUCAUUAACUUGGUGAUCAAGAUCCUAGGACCGACCCAUGAAAGAACCCUGACUUCCCUGCUGCUGCUGUUACAGGUUGUGGGGAGCAUCAUGGCCUUUUCCAUCCGGUACCAGCUUGUCCGGCUGUUCUAUGAUGUCUGAGUCGUGCUUUGAGUCUCCUUCCUUGAAAACGACCUUCUUGUUGCGAGGGGGAGUUACAUGCUGGCCGAAGGUGGCCUGCUGCUUUUGCUCCGAAUUACAGGAGCUGCACUAUUGUAUGUUGCCGUCUUGCCUCUACUGACAGAAGGGGAAAUGUCAUGGUGGUGAUGAGAUUAACUUUGAUUUUUUUCUCCCCUGGCCAAUUAUGGGGAAGACCAAACAGACCAGAAGCACAUCUAAGAAGAAUGGCACUUCACCUGUUGAAAAAAGUCUUGCUUUCUCAAUCUUCCGGCCUUUAAGUCUUCUGCUAGCAAAGAAAACCCUAAUGUAUGCUCUCCUGCAUGGAUGUCGCUCCUGUGCUUUGACAGCCACUUGUCUGACCAGGUAACCCCUGUUGUAACUGCUUUAUGGGAGAGCGUCUCUAGCAGAAUCAAACCAGGUGGAUCAAAGUCUCAGGGCACUUUUGGGAAGAGCCAGUGUAGGGUGGGGGGAGGGGGGGCCUCUGCUUUGUUCCUGUGCUGUUCUGUCUCUUGAAAGGACCGUUCCAGUGAGUGCAAUUGUUGGGUCUCAAGACUGACUGGACAAUGCUGAAACUGUGACCCAGAGGAAGGCCUGCUAACUGGAGCGCUUGAAUCUGCUUAAGGUCAUGCUGUGGACCUCAGGAGUGCUGUACUACUGCUCAGUUCCUUCCCGUUCAACCCCCCAUGAAUGUUAUUGUGUGGUUCCCUUUCUGUGCCGGAACCCCUCUCUGAAGGCACACUGGCAGGUUGUCAGAGCUGUUGGGGUGGCAAAGAGGAGGCCCAGCGGUCUGUGCACUUUUGCAAAUGGAAAGGGUGAGGUGGGGCAGGAAGAGGCCAGGGAGCCGUCCCCCCCCCGGGGGACUGGUGUUUUGCAGCAGCUGUCAGCUAAAAAAAGAAAGGGAAAGGGACACCCCGGUGUUCUUAAGUCUUGAGAAUAAGAUGAAUUACUGUAUAAUAAAGCCAUGAGUACCCGGAA